GGCGGUUCCAACCGCGCGUUCCUAUUGGCCGCGCGGGCGCGGGGGGCGUGCGCGGGGGGCGGGGCUCCCGGCGCCCCCUUUGUGUGGGCACCAGUAGCCGGCCGAGCUCCCGAGCAGCAGCGGCCGCCAUUUUGUGCGCGUCCGUGUUUUCCCCCACCCCCGCUCCCCUCUCCGCGGCGGCCGGGACGCCCCGCGCCUCGUGCCGGGCAGGCGAGGCGAAGCCAAGGCCUCGGGCUGGGCCUCGGGAGCCACCGGGGGCCGUGAAGCCGCGCCGCUCGCAGCGAGAGAGGAGGGAAAGAAGCGGCAGAACGGAAAAGGGGGGGAACGAGGCUUCGGCGCUGCCCCCCGACGGGAGGAGGAGUCUCGGCGCCAGGCCCGGGCGCGGCACCGGCAUGGAGAACUCGCAGCUCUGCAAGCUGUUCAUCGGCGGCCUCAACGUGCAGACCACGGAGGCCGGGCUGCGGGAGCACUUCGCGGCCUAUGGCACGCUGACCGACUGCGUGGUGGUGCUCAACCCGCAGACCAAGCGCUCCCGCUGCUUCGGUUUCGUCACGUACUCGGCGGUGGAGGAGGCGGACGCCGCCAUGGCCGCCUCUCCUCACGCCGUGGACGGGAACUCAGUGGAGCUGAAGCGCGCCGUGUCCCGCGAGGACUCGGCCAAACCCGGCGCCCACGCGAAGGUGAAGAAGCUGUUCGUGGGCGGCCUGAAAGGGGACGUGGGCGAAGGGGAUCUGGUGCAGCACUUCAGCCAGUUCGGCCCGGUGGAGAAGGCCGAGAUCAUCGCCGACAAGCAGAGCGGCAAGAAGCGCGGCUUCGGCUUCGUCUACUUCCAGAACCACGACGCGGCCGACAAAGCGGCCGUGGUGAAGUUCCACCCGAUCCAGGGCCACCGCGUGGAGGUGAAAAAGGCCGUGCCCAAGGAGGACAUCCAGGCGGGCGGCGGCGGCUCCGCGCGGCCCUCGCGGGGCGGCCGGGGAGGAGGACGGGGUCGGGGCGGCGGCGGCUCCGGUAACCGGGACCACAACGGGCUGUCCAAGGGAGGCGGCGGCUACGGCGGCUACGGCGGCUACGGCGGAGGGGGCGGCGGCGGCUACGGCGGCUACGGCGGCGGCUCGUACGGCGGCAGCGGGGGAGGCGGCGACUACGGCAACGGGUACGGCGGGUUCGGCAGCUACAGCCAGCACCAGUCCUCGUACGGCCCCAUGAAGAGCGGCGGAGGAGGGGGCGGAGGGGGCGGCGGCUGGGGGGGCCGCAGUAACAGUGGACCGUACAGAGGAGGCUACGGCGGGGGAGGGUACGGGGGCGGCUCGUUCUGAGCCGGAACGCCCGAACCCGUUGGGCCGGGGCGGCUUCUCGACGGUUUCUUCCUCGCCCGCCGGAGGGCGGCUCCUUUUAAAUGCCUCCCCGCUGGGGGAGCAGCUCCUAAAUGCCCCCUGGGGGCCGCCUCUGCCGCCCGUGCCGCUUCUUUCUCUCUGAAGACGGACCGGGCCCCACACACACACAUACUUUGUGUUACAGUCAUUGAUGGACUCUAUUUUUUUAUUAUUACUUGGACCUCGGUCGUUUUUAUACUAGCAACGAAAAAUGUCUUGUUUUAAUUUGCUUUUUUUGGGGGGUACGGGGUGGGAAGCGUCUUGCCGAUCUGGAGUAACAACCGGGGAGGGCUGUGGGGAAUUCCUUUGUUGUAAGGACUCGAUACCUGGCUACUACGUUUUUUUCUACAAAGCCUACUCGGAUCCCAUGACUGAAGUUAACGUUUCUGUAAAGGAGGAAAAAAAAAAAAGUCGUUUUUACGUUUUUUUUAUUUUUUAAAUAAAUCAUUGUGUUCAUUGA